CGCCUUUGGACCCCGGAUGUAUAUUACAUCUGAGUGCACCAGCACAAUUUAGAAGUGUGAAAAGGUGACAGCGGAAAAGACUAAACAUGGCUCAACAACUACCUGGACACCAGCACGUGUACACUGUAAAAACUCUUAAAGAAGUUUUGACAGAGGCUAAAGUGUGGGAAUCCUCCAAGGAGGACUUUGCUGGCAUUUGUAAAUGCAUCGAAAGGUAUCUGAAUAGACGGGAGAAUUUGGAAAAUAUUAAACCAUUUUUCAAAAAUCUGGACAAAAGAUGGAAGAAAGUACAUGCUGAGUAUGGGAAAACGAAAUCAAAUUUAUGUAAUCCUAGCUAUUUGUUAAAGUACCGGCAACCCCAGCUCGUAGAUCUCAGUGAUUUAGGAUACAUCAGCGGGACAGCGAGUUACCCCGUAUUCACCAGCGAUACAACGGUUCAAGAAAAAGCAACAUCGGAAAUGCCCAUCUCAAAGGUUGCAGAGGUGAUCGAAAAACUCACUAAUGAACUUGAAUUGGAAAAGAAAAGGAUGUCUAUUCUGGAAGAGGAAAAAAGGGGGAGUAGCAUUACAUUGCAGACGCUACUUGACCAGUGUAUAGAAUUAGAGGAUUCCCUCUCAACGACCAGGAAGGGGAAGAAAACAAAAGUUAGACAAAAAGAAGACGGAAUUACCCCAGGCGACAAGUUGUCUGUCUGCAUUAAGGAAUCGUUAAAACGAUGUGAAGACAAUAUUGAAACUCUUAAACAUGAUUGCAAAGUAAAGGGAAGAGAAAUAACCUGUCUAACGGGCCAUACCUUAGAGCUUCACGCUGUGGCUGCACCAGUCUCAAGUAUGAUUGAUAGUUUCAAAAUCCAAUGGCAUGAACUAACGAAUGCGUCACAGAAGAAGAAAAAAGGAAAAGGUAAAGCAAAGAAGUCAGCGCUAAAAGCUGAGGCGCUUGAGGAUUGCACCAAAACUUCAGCAUCCGACGUGAUAAAAUCCACGAGUCAGGCUCUGAGCGAGAUAAAACAUAUUUUCCCGAAAAUACAAGAACUGAUGGAGUGUCAGAAGGAAAUACGCGACAUGGAAUCUUGGAUUUCAGCAUCAGCGAAUUCUAUCAAGUCCGGAAUUGCAGUCCAACUAAAGUGUGAAUCAUCCAGUACCAACAGAGACUCCCUGCUGGAAAUCCCUCACAAAAUCUGGAAACAAAUGGAGAUUUUCUUUAAUGAUUAUUUAGGACAAUGUGACGAGAUAUCUGGCCUAAAGGAAGACAUCCACCGUCUGCAGCAGGAAAGAACUGAGAUCGAUGUCAAAUGUCAACAAAUAGAACAGGACCAUGCAAAAUUUGAGGCAGAGAUGCUGUCAAAAGAUGAUGACAUGAGAAUGCUGAAGGAAAACAUGUCAAGUAGAGAUCACGAAAUAGAGGAUCUGAAACAACAGAAUGACAUGCUACUGCUCAAACAAGAACAAGGAAUGGCGGCUUUAUUGCAACUGAAACAAAAUAUGGAGGACGCUGCAGCGACUACUCGGGAGAGACAAAAUCUACAGCAAACUAUCCAUCAACUGAAAGAAGAACUUGCGAAUAGACAGAAGAGAUUACAGCAUGUGGUACACGAGAAAGAAUCACUUUCCGAAAGCUUCGAGACUGAGAUGUUAUCAAAAGAUGCAGAAAUCGGUAAGCUGAAUGAAGGUAUUUCAAGCAGAUCUAAGGCAAUCGAGGACCUGAAAACACAGAAUGGCAAUCUGCUAAACAGGAUCAGCAAACAAGCAGAAGCGAGGUUAACAGAUGGUAACCAUGACAUCACCGACCUAAGCGAUCCCAACCGUCCGACCAAUCUUGCUGAGAAGUUCAGUGAAUUGUACGAUAACGAAUGGACAGAAGCAUUUGAUGAAGUGACGGAUAGCAAACAAAAGACAACAAAAUUGAAGGACAAAGAAGUCAUUGCUUUUCUUUUAGACAUACUUUGUGUUAUAAACGAAUACUGCAGGAUACAGGCUGAUACACAAUGGAGACAAAUACUGGGCGCAGUGUGCCAACAAUCUACAGAUCAAGAACCGCAGAUUCCUGCAAUUUUAAUCAAAGAUUUACGCAAUGUGAGAAAAUUGACGGGCAAUAUCUCAGCUGAAGGUGUCAUCGAGAGAUUCUUCGCUUCUGAACUCUCCAGGAUAAACCAAAAUCCAAAGGAAGUAGGCCCUAACCUAAAACUGUACAUCCAGAAGUGUGUAGAACUGUGCUGGUUAAUGUGUACCCAGAACCCUCCACUCUUUCUCUACAAAGAUGUGAAAUUAAACGACCAUUUUGAACAGGACUACUUCAGAUUCUACACAUGUGGAGGGACGAAUGUGGAUUUUUUAGUCUGGCCAGCUUUGCUUUGUAAUCAAAACGGGAAUUUACUUCGUAAGGGUGUUUGUCAGGGACUAAAAAAGAAAUAGUUAUCAUUUCCCUAUCGUGCAUAUCGUUUUGUAAAGAAUGUAGUCAAGGAAGACAAUCUAACCGGCAACUCAAAAUGAGUGACUGUAAACAUUGAUUUAUACGUUGAAUCUUUAUUACCUGUGACAAUUACAACUGCUUCUUUCCUUAAUAUAUUAUACAUUAUUGAAGCUAUUGAAAUCGCACAACGUACUAAGCUAAUGUUCCCUAUCUUUAUCUGCAGUGUUUACGUAAAUGAAGUUACGACAUCUUUUUCAGGUUGCACCAUCAAUAAUAUGUUAAUACGCCACUGAAGAUGUUUCCAAAUGACCCAAUCAAUUUCCCAAUGAUGCAAAUUCUUCCUAAACAAACACAAAAAUAAUGAUCCUGUUUCUGGAUUAACGGAUGUUGUAUCAAAUGUUCUCUUUUAAAAUUCAUUGAGAAGAACAUACACGAUCGAGCUACAUAGUGUAGGUUAACAAUGGACAUUAAACAUGACUGGAACAUCGAGGUUAUAGAACCUAUAAUAAAUCAUAUGUAUAUUUAUGAAUAUUACAUAAACAUCGAAAAGACGUACAUGCUUUUAUUACAUCUCCCUUGACACUGCCGUUCGAGCAUUGGGGUUUGAGCUUCCGCCCAUGCUAGGAAGAACAUACCAAAGCCACCAGAUGGUACUUGACGUAACCUUACUGAA